UUUAACUCAUAUAAACCCAUUACUCUUUCAUCAUCAUCAUUUUCCUUUCUUAUCAUCACUGCUCUUCAACAGUGGCAACUAUAGCAAGCAUUAUGGCUAAAGUUAAACCUACUACUCUCUCUCUUUUCCUUCUGAUCCUGUCCUUCAUUUCAGGGGGAAAUAUGAUUAUGGCAAAUGGACAGAAAACUUGGUGUGUGGCUAAGCCUUCCUCUGACCAGGCAACCCUGGUAGGAAACAUCAAUUUUGCAUGCUCUCAGGUUGAUUGCCAGAUUUUGCGUAGGGGCUGCCCUUGCUAUGCUCCUGAUAACCUCAUAAACCAUGCAUCCAUAGCCAUGAAUCUCUAUUACCAGGCCAAGGGAAGGAACCAUUGGAAUUGUGAUUUCAGAAACACUGCUCUCAUUGUCCAGACUGAUCCAAGUUAUGCUAAUUGCAUUUACGCGUAGUGGUUGGAGUAAGAAAGGUUGUAAACUCGUAAUUUGGGCUGAGACCAAAACUAUGUGGAACUUUGUUGUUUCCUGAAUUUAGCUUGUAAUUUCUACCAAUAGCUACUUAGAUAUGGAAUAUAUUGCUGCAGAUAAACAGCAAAACCAAGUUAACAUUUUA